AUGGCUCAACAAAAACCUUUAUCAUACCUGGCAGCAAUCGCCGUUUUAGAACAAAUGGAUUUCAUCACAAGGAAACAUCUUGCAUACCGCGUCAGUGCUCUUCAAUGUCUCGACGAUCGUGUGACCACUAGGAUCAAGUUUCUGAAGUUGACCCCGUGGAGUGUUACAAUCGACAAAACUUCCUAUACGUAUAAGUAUGGGCAGGAAGAAAUGGAAGCGAAAUUGAUAGAAGGCGACAUAAAUAUUGAAGACAGAAGAAGCGAAUUCCGGCAUAGAAUAUUUGAAGAUGUUAUAGCAGACAAUAACGGUGCCGAGCAUGUUGUGGAGAGACUGGUGGAGGAAGCUGGAGUGUUUCCUAAUGGUAUUGAUUUAGCUGCGUUUUUCGAUAGAACGCAUGUUCGAGGUGUUGUGCAAUAUGAUAAGCAUUUGGAGCGUAGAAUACUUCAUUGCUCUGCUGCUGGAGAAGAAACACGUUAUGUUCACAUUCAUCGAGAUGGAAAAAUUCAAGAUAUGCUUCGUCGCCAAAUUCAAAAACUUUUCGGACAGGCUCGCAUUCACCACGUUGAACAUCUUGAUAUUGGAAUUGAUUAUGGAGUUUUAAGACUUCCAAGAGGUCUCGUAUUCAAAGGGAAACAGCUGACAUGUUUGGAAAAUGCAAACUCUACUAUUAAUAGUAUUCUACCAAUCAUUCAUAAUUCUAGCCUUCCAUUUAAAAAUCUCUCUGUCAAACUCCGGAGCAAACGAGAUUCAGUUCUUAACAAUCAAGUACUGACUCAAACUGAGAAUCUGGUUAUUCAAAUGCCAUCUGCACUUUAUGAUUCUUGGGCUCAAACGAUCAUAGAACUACCUAAUACGAUCAUUCACCUGGAGAACACGGAUAUUCCAUUGAAUGAUCUGGCUGCUAUUGCGGAAAACUGGAUCGAAAACUUCAAAGAUGUCGGAAACAAGCUUAGCAUGGUGUCAUUAAAUAGCGCUGAGUUCGCAAUAGACGCCUUUGAAGCGAGAGUUCAAGCAACCAGAAAAUUUCUUUCAUCAAGACAGUGCCAAUGCGCAAGCCGACAGCUAACUGCUCAUUCGGAAUUGGUUGUGUACGGAUAUGAAAACCCAAACUUUGUGGAGGAACUCCAGGAUGAAGAAGGAGGAAAUCCUUGGGUUAUUGUGAUGGAAAUAUUGCCAAUCGGAUCAUCUGUCGACCUUAUCAACUGA